AUGGAGAGUCUACUUUCUCUAAAAGAAGCGAUUGUAAUUUAUUUAGAUAGAAGUGGUGGGUUACGGAAACUCGUGGAAGACUGUUACAUCUUAAAAGGUGCACAGCAGAUGGAGGCCGUGUAUCGGUUCAGUUUUGAUAUAAAUCCCUCUGAUGUGCUUGAAUUGGACGCCACACUGGGAGACUGUAUAUUACACGACCCCCUCAAAGCUGCCGUACUCUUUCAGUCUGUUUGUUUUCUGUCCAUAAAAACACUAUCACUUAUUGAUCACGUAGAAACCGAAAGCCAGGUUAAUGUUGUUUUAAAGCCAACACACUUGCCACCUUUUCCCAACUAUUGUUUGGAUCUCUCUAAGUUUCCCCGUGGGUAUGGUCCAAUGAGACCUUUAGCUUUGGAAGGCCUUGCAAUUGCAAUUACACGAGUCACCAAAUACACACAAGGGGCCAGAUUUCUCUGCUCAGAAGAGAAAUGUCCGUGUUCAAGAGGAUAUCAUCACAUCAGAGUUCAUGUACCAGGUGCCACAGAGUCUGCUACAAUCAGGAGUGAUUUUAUCUGUUUUCUCUGCUCAUCUCCACUGAAAGAGGAUGUGAAGUCUCGUGUUUUAGGGGAUAAACAGCUUGUUGAGCUCAUUCAUGUGAAGGCAGUGGAUGUUUUGGGAGUUCAUGAGGUUUCCUCCUUAAGAUAUCAAUCUGUAACCCUUUUUCUAAGAGAUGAACUGUGUAACUCUAUGAGAAUUGGUCAUCUGUACCGAGUUGUGGGGAUUCCAGCACAUGUGCACCAGUGGCCUAGCAUAACCUGGAGUGUAGAGGCUUGCAGUAUCCAGCCAUGGACCCCCAAAUGCCCCUGUCUGGUUAGCAACAACUUCCAAAACCUGCUGACAGCCUCAGCAUGUUCCCCAUGGAGGUUCACUGCAAUUGUAGCCAACUCAUUUGGUUCCCCUGUGAUCCCUCCUGGACUCUACAACACACUGAAAUUGGGGCUACUGCUUAGUUUGGUGCAAACUGAUGGUAAUCCAGAUACCCCCAACCACCUGGAUGUGCUUGCUCUAACCAGUGACACUCUAAUCAUUGACAGGUUGAUGAGAUAUAGUUUGGGAUUGGCCCAACGUGGAAUUCAUCACACAGUGACAGGAGAGCUGUUGGCUUCUCUGUCCAGAGAUGAGUAUGGAGUAGGUACCGCCAAUAUCCAUGCCGGUUCAGCUCUGCUGGCAACUGGAGGAGUCUGUCUGCUGGGAGACCUCACAUGCUACAAGAAAGACAAGAUGGAUAUGCUUCAAUCUGCUCUUGAAACCAGGACAGUGUCGGUUUUCAUUCCCGCGAAAAAGUAUGGUGAUGAUACAGACCAGCAGCUCUCCUUCCCCGUCCACUGCAACUUCUGGGCCCUAGCUAACGCUGCCUCCCCAUCGAAGAAGACAGCCAGAUGUGAUGAGGUGCUGGGCUCUGUGGAAAUGGGCUCAGUGCCCCUUCAGCUCGCAGAGGCGUUUGGACUCAUGAUCCAGUGUCGAGAAACAAGCAAUCACCCACUCCUGUCCAUGACAGUGCACAUCUUAAAACAGGCUAUCUACCCAGGAGAGCCGGUUUAUCCAGCAUGCAUCCAAUUUACCACACAGGACUACAAAGAGCUCUUGGCUUAUGCAAGGGACUUGAAGGUGGCCAUGAGUCCAGAGGCUGAGCGAAUGAUCCAUGGCUAUUAUAUGGCCAGCCGCAGAGUUCGUUCAGACUCACAUGGCUCCUCUGUCUCUACCACAUCCAUCAAACUGCUGAUUUCUCUGGCCCAGGCCCAUGCUAAACUCAGCCUGAGAACACAAGUUCUAGAGGAAGAUGCAGUCAUUGCGGUACUCUUGUGCGAGAGUUCUUUCACCCUAAAACAUGGGGCCUCUGCGCUUGUUUUUCCACCCGAUGCAGUUUUUCCCCAUGCGCUCCAUGACCUGGACUCCCUGCACAGACGAGACCUUACUUUGGAAGAACUCCGCAAGCAGAUCUUGUAUUAUCUGCACACCUACACAAACAUUGUAGAGGAGUAGAUUAAGGUACUACACAUACUCAAUAUUUACAUUGAAGUAAAUGCAAAACUCUGAUGCAUGUUUGUCUUUAAUCAUUUUAGCAUUCACCAUAAACUUUACAUUUUGGAAGUGUUAAGGAUUUUAAAACUUAAGGUCUCCACUUUUGUCCAGAUACAGGUGGAAAAACUUCAAUUCAAUUCUAGCUCUGCCAACAUGCACUCACCACAAAUCAAAUUGCACUGUUAUAUCACAGUCUAGACAAAGAGAACGGUUACAUCUUAAUCUGAAACCAAGAUUAAAAGGGACCCAAUUAAGCCCACAUGCCAUAUAAACCCACUUCCGGUUUUAUUUCGAAAUCUAAAAAGACAGAAAAUGCUAAUAUUUGUUGGUAUCAUAAGUUUUUAUUUAGAGUCAAUCAAACGUUUCAUUCUUUAGUUAUUUGGGAGCAUACGCUACCACUGUUUGGCAGUCAUUUUGGAAGUUGUGCCAAAACUAACUUUGAGGACCUCAAAGAGCGCAAUUUUCCUGGAGUUAGAACUAAUAACUAGGGAAGGAAUGAUACAUUUUAAAUUAAGAGAUUAAAACAAAUGAUACAAUACUUUGUAUUUGAAAAAAGACAGAUUUCAAUAGUUUCUGGAGCCAUUGCAGGACACUGCCAGAGUGAUGCUCAAACAAUGCAGUUUAUAAAAAAAAAAAAACCACACACCCACACCACACACACACACACACACACACACACCUCUAAAUUAAGGUUUAUUUUCCACUGACCCCUAAAUGUUUCUAAUAAGGCCAAUGAGCAAAUAAACCACCGUUCCUCAUUAAACCAAACUUACAAAAAAAUGAUUAGAAAUUAAAAAGAUAAAACUUACUUGUUAGGAGGCGUUUUAGUAAAAUGUAAAGCAUUUACAUUUUUAAAAGCAUAGUGCUUAAGAAACCAUUUGUUAUAAAUCCACUCUAGAUCUAGACAUUUGAGGUUAAAGUAACUUGAUUUCAUUUAUCUUGAAGUUUAUCAAAAAAUAUGACAGAGUGUUAAGAUUAAUCAUUGAUUUAACUCAUUUUAUUGGAAGGCUGUUACCUUAAGAAAAAAUAACUAGAUUUGGGUGGGCUUUAUUGGGUCACUUCCCCUAAACAUUUAAAACAAAGACAUUUUGGAUAUCAAAGUUUGUUUGGGUAGGAACCUCAUUUUUUGUUAGAUCAUAUUCAAAUUUGAAAUGUAAAUUUAGACUUGUGGCUUUGAGAACAUUUCAUUUCUGGGUUGUCUUGGCACUUUUUUUUUUAAUUUAAAAUAAAAAAUUCAGCACAAAAUAUUUCCAUUACUAUAAACUUCAGCAUCUCUUAAUUUUAAUUGACACUGGAAAUUAAAUACAACUGCGUCCAUACUCCAAAGGGUCCAGUAAUUACAACCAUUUAAGUUAAUGUCAUUUUCAUGGUUUGUGCUUAAAAAGGGGGGUGCAUCAACAGGUUAAACAAACCCUCAAAUCUCGAACUGAUUGACAAAUUCACUUGCAAAAUGGAUUGCUGUGAAACGUAUGCCAAUGAUGGGCUUAUGUUCAAUAAUAUGGUAGUAAACAAUGCACGCGCAUAUAUAUCUCAAAUUGAAAUAUCUAAAAUUAUCAUUAUCUAUUGAAUUAUUUCAGGACACCAUGUAAUUCAAUUAAUUGACAGCCCCAAUAAAUUAAUAUAUAUAUAUAUAAAAUCCUUUAAAGUGAGGUACUGGGAAGUCAGUAAUUCUCUUGCUUCAAAUAGUCAAGUGUCAACAACUCAAUCAUGUCUGAUGGGUAAACGGCGAUAAUGUGAACAUCAUGGCAUUAGGCAGAACUAAUGGCACCCAACAGCUCGUUCAAUAUGAAUCACAAUAUCAUUUCUCAAUAACAGUGAUAAGGGUUUUAAACAUUUAUGAUACAUUACAGCUACGACUGCACAAUUAAUCGAAACCACGAUAUGACCUUUUACAAAGGCUGCGAAUUAAAUAAAUUAGUCUGCUCCCUUCAAAAGUUUUUGAGCGACUCAGUCCAGACAAUAUUAAAUUAGCGCAUUGUUAGUGUUUUCAGAGCAGUUCUGUGCUCCACAAAUCCCUCUCAUGCUUAAAGUAACAGAAGUGCUCGGAGUUCACUGCGCUAAACGCUUUACACUAAACUGGAGCGUCCUGCAUGAAGCUUUUUAUUAUUAUUAUCAUCAUCAUCAUCAUCUGCGGUAGCAGCAUCUCAGUCUCCGCAAGGCACAGGUAUCAUGUCGCAGAAUACAAGAUGGGGUGUAAUUCAAACAUAUUUAUGAAAAGAUUGCUGAGCAAACAGCAUUAACAGUAACACCCGUAGAGUCCUCUUCUCCUGUCAUUUGUUUACCUCACAAGAGAGCGUCACCCUUAUUACACUCCCUGCGGAAACAAGUUAAAGCAGGUCUAAUAAGUUCAACUUCAGUUUGACAUUAAGCCUCAUUCUUUAGGACUCUUAUAUACAGUAAAGAAUAGUUUGUAUAAGCCUACUAGUUAAGCCCUAGAAUAAAGUAACAUUUAUAUUUUGCAUAUACUGAAAAACUUAUGUUGAUGAUUAGUGGGCUGAGAUCCUGUCACAAAAUGGACAACACAUACAAGGUGGAUGGUAACAUUUGGAUAAAAAGACUAACUAUUUAUACAUUUAUUUGUUUGUGGGUGAACUGCAAAAAGGUCUCAGUCUGGUUCUUUUAAAGAGGGCUCAAAACCCCAGUAGCCUUUUUGUAGUUGAACAUGUGGAAAACAGAACAAUCAUAAAUCGCAGUUCAAAACGCAAUAUUUUCUCGAAAUAGUGUAAGUCACGGACUAAUGUUCAGGGCACAGCCAUCAGUUAAUUGCAUUAAAGCAGAAAUUGCAGAAAACAAUUGGCUGUGUGUGUGUGACAUUGCAAUGGUUGAAAGGGACACAAAUAAUAGAGCCAAAAUUGUACGUCUAUAGGAUGUGAACAAGACUUUUCACCAUGCAGUCAUAAUUAUACAAUUAUCUUGCGUCCUACAUAUUUUUAUAUUAUCUGGGACUGAGGGGUCUUAGAUAUUCAACUGCAGCCAUCCCACUAAUCUGCCACGUAACAAUUGAGCAAAACCAAAAACAACGGUAGAUCUACAACAUUAGGUUAAUAUCAGCUCACAAACAAGCUAGGUAACGUUAUAAUAGCUAACGUUGCGGACUCGUGAAAAAAUAUCGUUAUAAUUGUCAUGACCAAUUUAUUAAUGACUCCACAUCAUCUGUAUUUAAGAGUAAAUAAUCACUUAAUCCAAUGCUUAAAGUGAAUAAAAUAGCCUUGCCACUGCCAGCCUACUUUGAGUUCCACAACUAAUGAAGCAAUUCAAACUCCCCUGGACUGGUGUGUGUAAAGAGGUAAAGCAGGCAGUGGACCAAACCACUGUGGUACAAGGGAGGGGGGACUCAGUGUUUUUUAAAAACAAUUUUUUUGGCCCGUUUGUUUAGUUUUACCAAGUUAUUAAAGUAUAUUUAAAAUUAUAUUUUUAACAAUACAUUGCAUGGCUUUUAAUGCCCCAGCAAGUUGUUGCUCACUCUUUCUGCAGCAACUCUUGAGCACUUCAACAUUUUUUAUCCUAGCUGAAGAACCUUUGUUUCAAUCAAUAAAAGAUAAUCAGCCUAUGUUGUAGUUUCAAGUUAAAAAUAUUAAUAUUGACUAAAGCGAGUUUGUUUAUUUGACAUCAAAACUAAGUGCAAAAGGUGAACAUUCAUUUAUUUGUACAGUUUUUUAUUUCUUAAAUAUUAUAGAGGAAGUUUCAUAGACUUGGCAAAUUCUUUUUUCCAGAAGUUUGUAGGUACAGACAUCCACUGGGACGUUCUUGGCAGUAUUUCUGAGGCUUUUAUAUUGUUCAUUUCAAUAUGGGAAUUAUGUUGUAAUGACCCAAAUUAAACAUAUCAUACACUUUGGCCAUAAUGUCCAGCCCUAGUUUCAACACUCAAAUCUAGUCUAAACGAUAAAUAGCAAAAAUACAAAAUGUAUUAACAUGGGUAAAUUGCAUGAAACACAUUUAGAGCAAAAGGGAACAUCUAAGUGCAC